AUGGAAGCCCCGGGGCGACGCUGUCUCCGGGGCGGCGGGGCGGGCUCGGGGCGGCGGGCGGGGGGCGCCGCCGAGCCGCAAACACGAGGCACAUCGGGGCUGGCAGUCGGCAUCUUCAACCUCCAUUUUCAAACACCGCACACACGCACACACACAGAGACACAAAAACUGGGAGGGCCGCGGAGGGAGGGGAAGGGGGGGGCGCGACCCAGACAAUCCUAUUACAAAACAACAACAGCUCUGCCGUCCCCCCGCGCGGGGACGGGGCUGCCCCGGCGGGAUCCCCGCGGCUCCGCUCCCCGCUCCGCGGGGGAGGCUGGGGGGGACACCCCACGCACAACCACCACCCACAACAACACCGCCGCCGCCACCACGAGUCCGGCUGCCUGCAGAGGCUCGAAAUGCAGAAUUUGGGUCGAAAAUGAAUUAAAAAGGCUUCCCUCCUACUCCUCUUCUUCCUCUCCUCGGCGCGGCUGCCACAAGAUCCUUCUCAAAAAAAAAAAAAAAAGAAAAAAAAAAGAAAAAAAAAAAAAAAAAGAGCCGAAUCCAGGACACACACACAAAGCAGCAGCAGCAGCGGCAGCAGCAGCAGCAGCGGGGCGAGCGGAGCGCUCAGCACCCCGCCUCCUCCCCCCGCAGCUCUCCUCUUCGCAUCCCUCCGAGCCGCCUUGCCAUCGCGGCGGGGGCGGGGGGGAGGAGGAGGACGACAACAACAACAACAACAACAAAAACCACCCAGCGAAUUUGAAAGAUGGAAAGGUUCAAUUCUGUGUCACAGAAAUUGAAGGGAAGAUCAUCACUGAGAACAACAGGGCCAGGAUUGCCACACGAGCACACCUAUGCAGGACUCUGUCAGUAACUGAGGAAUAACUCAAAACUGUGUGCAUUUGGGUGGUAGCACAACCCUCCUGAGAUUGCCUGUAGGAAAAUCAGGCGUUUACACCUAAAACCAUCCUGGACUGCCACGUGUGUGUCUACCAUAGAUUUUAUCAGUAACACACAGGCUCUCAUGUCCUCAAACUGAGCCAGAGAGAUCUUCAUGUGCCAUCAAUUUUUACUGUUGCUGGGUACAGCUGUGGCUGUUACAGGCCCUGGUUCUGAGCAGAGCAAGCGUCCUUUCCGUGCAUGUCGUGGCAUUGAUGCAGCAUAAAUUGUAAUGUCUUAUUUACCAAUUAACGUAUUAUUAUGUAAAGGCAGAGCUGAAGUAGGAACUGCGUGUCUAUAGUUCAUCAUUCUGCUGUCAUGAAGAACUUUUAUUUUUGUCAAAUAGCCUUUCUUUCAUUACUUUGGCAAAUAGGGUAAGACAUGGACAAGCCUGUUGUACUGGCUGACGUACAGGCAGAGAGCAGAAAGAUGUGCUGUGCCUCAAAGAGCUCCCAGUCUCAUAUAAACACAGUCCUAUAGGUGUCGUAACGUAGUUUGCUUCUGGAAUCUGUCAGAUUGUUUUAAAAAGUUUUUAAAAAUAUAUGGUAACAACAGCACAUUGUUGAACAGGAGGGUUUGCAGUGCUCUCCAUCCUCCUGAGCUGCUGAUGUGAAAUUCAUAAUUUGUAAUUAUCUGGCUGGAUUCUGCCAGGAUGUCUUUACCUUUUAUUCUGUGGAGGUAUGAGGGAGGAAUCCCUUUUCCUGUGAAUGCCCAGGUGCCCAUAGCUCUGUUCCCUUAACCUCUUAAGAGGAGAGCUGUGCACAAUGUUCAGCUUUCCUCAUGCUUUCCCAUGUUCAGCAGCUUCCAGUGCCAGCCAUGCACAUGCACAUGCUCAGCUUUAGUGCACCCUUUUAAUCACAUCUGGCUCCUGUGUGUUGGCAUCUUCCUCCAGGAGGGCUCCAGUUAUUUUCAGUGGAGAUAUUUAAAUCAGGAUUUUUCAACAUGUACAACCACACCAUGGUCGUGUCCUUGACGAUGAAAACCUCAAGCACAAUGUACCUAUACCAUGUGCAAAA